GUUCCUUUGGCAAGAACUUGUUCCGGCCGGUGCAAAUAUCCACUGGCAUCCCAAGACGUGACAUGGAGGAAUGGCCUUCCCAUAGUUCCACCUCACACACACAAACACACCAGCAACCAGUAUAAAUAGGGCUAGCUAUCUCCUCAACAUUCCAGCAUCUGCAAAGCAAGCAACAACUGCACACAGUUGCACAGCUACAACAGCCAAACACACCCACACGCAAAAAAAACCAAUACAAUGGAGGGCAACACGAAGAGCAGCGGCAAAGGGAUCAAGGGCAAGAUGGUGAUGGUGUGCUCCAAGUACGCCAAUAAAGCCCAGAAAGCCCCUGCUCCCAGCGUCACGCACGCCUACGUGCAGCCGGCCUGCAGGUACCCUUCUCCCAUGGACGCGGCGGCGAGCAACGUCGACGAGAGGGCCACGGCCUACAUACUGGCCGUCCGGGAGCGUUUCAAGAACGAGCAGCAGAAGGUGAUGUAGGCCACUGGUUGCUUGGUCCCGGCUCCAGGAGAGGUUUCAUAUUUGAAGGAAUGUCUUCUGGGUUUUAGCCUUGGAUCUCUAUUCUCUAGGUGGCAGAAUUUACAGUGCCCAGUGCAAGCAAUAGUACUUGUGGUACUAGCAGUAGUACUUGUGAUACUUGUGUGUUUCAUUUUUCUCUCUCUUUUUGUAAAUUACAGCGUGAGUGCUUGACCAUAAAAGUGGAAGUGACUAUGAUAACAAUACUAGCUCGAUCCCAUUUCUGAAACCAUUCUGGGAUAUGAUAUGAUCCUCCGGUGUAGUUUGUAUGAUAUCCACCAUUCGUUCU